UAAACUUCUAAACUUCACGCUGCCAAGCAAAGAGCAAAGCAAUUCCGCGACGCGAAGUAAACAUUCAUCGCAAUUUGAUUCUGGUCAGCGUAGAAAAUGAUUAAAAAUCGUCUCUUCCUGCUGCUUUUGACCAGCAUUCUCAUCGUCGAGACAGCUCAGAUCACGAAGGAUAACAAGGACAACCUAUCGUCGUCCGUCAACCAGCUUCCACAGGAGUUCCACCCUCUCGGACCCCUGGUUAAGUGUUCCUUCCUGCCGCUCGAGUUCAUGGACUGCGACGAACCGCUGGAUCACAAGGGAAACCGCACAGCCCGAGAAGAGCUGGGCCACGGUUGUGUUAAGUUCGGUGGGGUGCAUUACGACGAUGUCGAAACAACCAAGGUGCGGUGCGUGGUAUUUGAGAACAUCGAAUGCUUCGGACCGAGGGAAUUCAUGCGGGACGGGUUCCCGUGCGUCAAGUAUACGGAUCACUACUUCGUGACCACGCUGCUGUACAGUAUUCUGCUGGGAUUUCUGGGCAUGGAUCGAUUCUGUCUGGGACAAACGGGGACGGCCGUUGGUAAGUUACUGACACUCGGCGGCAUCGGCAUUUGGUGGAUCGUGGACAUUGUGCUGCUGAUUACAAAUAACCUCCUGCCAGAGGAUGGAAGCAAUUGGAAUAAUAAAGUGUAGUCGGUUUCAUUGCACUUGGAAACUGAUUGGCUUUUAAUUCAAGACCAAUCAACUAUUGAGACAUUUGUACAUAUAUUAGAGAUAGAUAAUUGCUAUUAUUUAGUUAAGUUUAAAAUAAACUAAACAAUACAAAACAAUAAA